AUGACUGAUUUCCAAAAUAGUUGGUGGGAAGAAGAGGUGAAUGAGACUUUUCAAAUUUUAAAGAAGUAUAUCUACCUCUCUAUGGCUAUUAUUCUGCUAGUCUGGUCUCUCAGCUUUUUGUUUUAUGACAAAACUUUCCCAGUCUUUGUAGCCCCUUUUAUAGGGAUUCACACAAUGACCUUUUUAAUUGUAAAAUUUCUAAAAAACAAGAAAGCCAUUUAUAAAGCAAUUUCGUCUUUAUUAUACGCAGAGCUGGCAAGCUUAGCACUUUUUUAUCAUUCUUUAUUUUUCAGCAUAGAACAUAAAAUCCUUUUUGAAAUGCUAGCCUGCUUAAUCGUGAAACACCUAGAGCUACCAUUUAUUCAACAAAUCUGGCUUAAAAAUCUAAUAUAUGGACGACAUAUAGUGCUUUGAUACUAUAUAAACUCUUUUCCAGAAAAUUUGAAUUAUAUACAAAAUCUUUCUAUUUACAUGACAAUUCUCUAUAUUUUCAUCAUUUUUAACUUGAUUUCUUACCUUCGCUUGCGGGCUUCUCAAGAGAGGUUCAUAUAUUGGAAAGAAUUAGAGAAAGCCGAAAGCAGACUAGGUAUCGUAAUCAAUGGAUGCCCUGAUGGAAUUCUAGUAAUUUCAAGACCAAAUAAAAUUGAAUAUUUUAACCCCAAUAUUCUAAGACUACUUUCUUGCUCUAAAGAAGAAGUAAUUUCUUUGCUUCAAGAUAUAGAAUAUACAAAAGAUAAAAAAUAUUCGACUUUAACAAAUUCAAAUAGGCUAAUUGAUGAUAUUCAAUUUAUUUUUAAUUAUGAAUUUAACCAUGAAGUGAUGCUAGGGAUUUCGAUGGAGAGGGACAUCAAUAUUGAGUGAAAAGCGACAAAAAUUUUGUGGGAAAAUAAAAAAGUAGCAUUAAUUAUAUAUGCAAAAAAUGCUAAUCAAAUUAUUCAACUUGAGCAAACUAAUGCAGAAAACAAGAUUAAGACGGUUUUAUUGAGAUCGGUGUCUCAUGAACUAAGAACCCCUAUUAAUGCGAUAUUAUUUUUAGCGAAGGAAUUGCUGGAAGAAUUAAGAAUUGUUAUUGAUGAAUGCCAAAUCAAGAAAAUUGAAAUGAUUCUGGUUUCUUCUAAGCUGCUUCUUUCCUUAGUUAAUGAUUUAUUAGACUAUUCCAGAAUGCUUGCUGGGGUAUUUAGUAUCCAAAAGUCAAAAUUUCGCAUAAGAGAGCUGGUUUCCAGUACAAGCGACCUUAUAAAACUUCAAGCUCAAAAAAAAAACUUAGAGUUGAAUUUAAGAUUUGAUCCAGAUUUACCUGAAUGAGUUUAUACAGACCCUUUGAGACUUAGCCAAGCUAUCUUAAACUUACUAAGUAACGCUUUGAAAUUCACCAUGAAAGGCUCAAUCGAGAUCUGUUGUCUGAUGACAGCUGAAGAACAAUUGAAAUUAGUUGUAAAUGACACAGGAAUUGGCAUCCCUGAUGAUAAACUUUUGAAGCUAUUUGAAGAAUUCAGCACUUCAAACACUGCCAAUAUUAAUCCUCAAGGCUGUGGACUAGGCCUUCACAUAACAAAUCGCAUUGUAAAAGAACUUGAAGGGACAUGCAUUAAUGUUUCUUCACAGCCUGGUAAAGGCUCAACAUUUUCUUUUGCAAUAAAUGCGUUUGAUUCCAAUAACUCCCCGUCCUCUUUUCAAGAAGAAGACUCUGAUUAUACAAUUGAAGAAGAAAAGCAGCCUCUAAAAGUCAUUCAGUUUUUUACAUAUAAUGAUAUAAGAAAUAGAUACCCAAAGGUACUAAUUGUGGAUGAUAAUGAUUUUAAUAGGAUUAUUCUUGGCUCACUGCUGACGAGAAAUGAGAUUUUAUAUAAUGAAGCUUGCAAUGGAAAAGAAGCGGUAGAAUGUGUGAUGACUAUGGAUAAUAAAGAUAAGCCGUAUUAUGUUGUUAUUAUGGACUGCAGUAUGCCAGAGCUAGAUGGGUGAGAAGCGACUAAGGUUAUUCAUGAGAAGUAUGAAGGAGGGAGAUUGAGGAGAGUGCCGUGGAUUAUUGGAUAUUCGGCAUUUAGUUCAAGUGAUGAUGUGAAAAAAUGCUAUGAAAGUGGAAUGACAGAGUGCUUGGUUAAGCCUUGUAGUUCUGAAGUGAUUAUUGAGACGAUACAAAAAUAUUUAAAUCGUUUAAAUUAA